AUGAACAUUGAGCACACAAAUUUCAUUCGAAAUUCGAGAAAGUUCCUCCAUUGUGGAGAAUGUGGCAGGCCCUUUGGUUCGUUUAGUUUCUUUUAAAUCCCUGCUUCUAACCUAUUCAUCCGCUUUCAGACACGGAUAGCCUGAAGCCACGAGUUCUGCCCUGUGGUCACAAUGUGUGCGAGCAAUGUAUGGGCAGUCAGAGACUGUCAACUGGCCCCAAGUUCUGCAUGGUCUGUGAUUCCAUGCGCAAGCAAUCCGACCGAUCGGCGCCAGUCAGUCAUGACCUGCUGGGUAUCGUCUAUGGAAAAGAGCAGGCAAUGAAACGAGUUCCACUAAAGUAUCGGUGUAGAGAGUGCAAUAUUUUGUAUAGGGAGAAUGAGUAAGUGCACAACUCCCAAGCGAAUUAUGACUAUGAAUGGGCUUUCAGCAUGACAGUGUGCCGAACGUGCAGUGGCUGGAGUGAGGGAAUGCAGACGGAGGAGGCCACGGACUUUGCGAAGAGGCCGAUCAGUGCACUGAUGUGUCAAAUAUGCGCGAAAACCAGCAGACAUGCGGCUCACGACAAAAUGUCCAUUGAUAUCAUUAAUGUGAGAUUUCGAUUAGUCAUCAACGGUUUCGACGGAAAACAUUUUACAGCGCAUCUGGGACACACCAAUCGCCACCGAAUACAUAGAGACGCAGCUGGGAACGGCGGAGAAGUUGCUCGAUGUGCUCCGCGGAGGAGCCAUCACACAGAUCAAUCAGUUGGCGGACAGUUUCAGUGAGGUACGUCAAUCCCGUGCCUCCUUCACUUAAUUCAAAUUCCAGACGCUGGAAGUGUUCAAAUUGAAAAUCAGCAACGGACAAUUCCCCCUUGACUCGACCGUUCACAUAACGAAGGCAGUGGAUGUGAUUUCAAGGCAAAUCAGAAAAUGGAAUCUUGGAAUUCAAAAGUCUAGUGAGGACGCUCUCCUACUUCUGGAUUACUUUGAAACUCUCGUGAAGCAUGUGAUAGACACUCCACGCAAAAGUGGAACUGGCAAAUGGGAACCACCCGGCAGACCGACAGCGGAGAUCGACCCAAAUGAGGAACUCAGUGUGGUCAUAGGCAAGAACAUCAGAGAGCUGCGAACGGCGAUGCCGAUCGGAGAGCACAAAUUAAGUCCGUCUCCGGUAGGCGAUGACGAGAGAGUGGCCGAGAGAUCCUCAGAAACGACCAACGAAUCGGAGCUGACUCCGUCCAGAAAGAGGACUAUCCACAGUCAAUUCUAUAUUCCGGACGAGUACGAGAGACCGAGAAGAGGCAACACCAAGAAGAACUACGCCGUCGAUGACGAUAAUGAAGUGGAACCAGAAGUUGUGGUGAAAAAGAGAGGAAGGAGGAAGGCGGAGCCGUCAACGAGUGAUAUGAUAGAAAAUGGGAUGAACGGAAUGAGUGUGCGGAUGGGCGCAGAGCUUGUUCCGUACAACAUGGCAGGAACUCACCUGGCCAAUGAUGCACUGCUAAGCCAAGGAAUCUCAGUCUCGCCAGUCAGAAGGGCCGGAAGAAGAGGCGGAAGAGGUGGAAGGCGGCGAGGAGGCUUCAGAGGUGGACGAGGCAGCCGAGGAGGCUACCGGCACCUUGCGAUCAACCUGAAUACGCAGCCUGAUUCGGACCCGGAAGACCAUGUAAUUGCCCAUAAUCCUCAUGAGGGCCUGUUCAAUCCUGACGUGGAUCCGUUGCAUGAUCCCAUGGGCGGCUCGUUCGAUACCAUCGGUUCAGACGAGGGAAAUCUCACUCAGGAGCAGGCAGCACUGGAGCGGACAACAGAUCAACUGUUCGAGGAGCUGACGGGUAUCGGAAGCAUCAACACGAGUGGAGCUGUGAGUAGUUGCGGCACGUCGGGCGGAGGCGGUCAGCCGGGGGAAGGACAGGGCCCCAGUCCGCCGCCGCUGUCUCAGAACUCGUCGCCGCCACCGCCUUCCGUCGGACAGCCAUCGAAGGUCAUCAUGCCCCUUGAUUUUUUAGGACAGGCGAAUGGGUCUAGGGACCUGAGAUCACCUUACGGAGACGGGUACGUGAAGAAGCAGCGGCCAUGGGAUGAAGUGACGCAGGAGGCAAGAUACGGCAACGGAGUAGCAGUGCCUGAUUGUAAGUGAUCAGAAGCAGAGGAAAAACUGAAAAUGAAAGAGUUUGGUUACAGACUACCACCAUCCAUGCACCACUGCUUUUCCGCCUCCAACGAUGCCGAUCCAGUCAUUCAUCAACAAUACACCGCCGUACUAA